AAUGUAGAGCAAUGGAGACUCGUGCAGUUCUGUGUCUUUUUAUUCUGCAGCUUUUUAACAGAGGUCUAGCAGCUUUGAUCCAAACCCAGCAGACUGUGUUGGCAGCAGUGGGAGAAGAUGCUCUUCUCAGCUGUCACCUCCGGCAAACUGAAGAUGUUCGGCAGGUCAUCUGGCAGAAGGUCUUGUGGAACAAAGAGAGGAACAUCGGCUCCUACAGCGAGCAUUUUGGUCAAACAAUUAUUUCUGACUUUAAAGAUAAAGUUCAGUUUACAGAAGCUGGACUGCAGAAGACCUCCAUAGUCAUCAGGAAUGUUACAGAGCAGGAUGAAGGAUGUUAUCGCUGUUUGUUCAGCACCUUCCCUGAUGGAGCUCUGACAGGGAGAACCUGCCUGGAGGUUUAUGAGCUGCAUGGACCCGUCCUUAAUGUCAGCACAUCAAGCUCUCCUGCAGGGUCAGUUGUGUCCUGUUCAGCCACAGGUCGACCUGCUCCCACUGUAACACUGACUGCUCCACAGCAGAACCUCAGCUUGUCCCUCUACAACACCACCAGGGUGAGCAACAGCAACGGUACCGUCACCGUCACCACCACAGCUCUGCUGUCAGCUUCCAGCAGCACACAGGUUGGAUGUUCAGUGUCAGUUCUCUCUGCUGCUCCCAGAGAGCUGCUGCGCACCGUUCCUGGACCCUCACACACGUCUGAUCAUGGGAAACCUCAGAUCAUUAUGGUAGCUCUACCCGUUGGGCUGACAUGCAUUUUGGUUGUCCUCAUAUUUCUGUGUCUAAAAAAGAAAAGGCAAAACAGGUAA